AUGUCUUUUUUCUCAAGAUUCACAAAAAAGCAAUAUCCACAAUAAUUGAGUUAAAGAGAUUAAUUCCUGUAAGUUUUAGGUAGUGUGCUAAAACCUAAUAAUGAAUUUAACCUUCAAGAAUCCAUUGAAAUACUUGCCCAGUAUUUAAUAAAAAGUGAAUGUAAAUUUGAAUCAUCAUUUAUUAGUCCAUAUAUUGAAUUUGUUUGAGUUCUUAAAAACUAUCACAUUUGAUUUUGAACCAAAACAAGUGAUUCAUUUAUUAACCAUACUUCAUUAAUUAUUAUUAAAAGAGGAACUUAGCUUAUAUAUAUCUAACGAAAUAAGGAGUGCUAAGAUGCCUUGGUUAUAAAACAUUGGAAUUUUGAAUGGAAUAACGGAUUAGAUUAAGAAAUGUUAAUAAAAUUCAUUGGUUGUUUAAUAAAAUGAAAUACCUUCUUAAACACCAAGCUCUUAGUUUAUGUAUGUUUAACAGUGUUAUUUUUAUUUAUAACUCAUUUCCAAGAACAUUGAUUUAUAUUAUGCCAUCUCCUUAAAUAAUUAUCCUUAUUAAGCUAAAUAUGAGAUGGAUCAUAAACUUAUGUGUACUUGGAUUUAUAAAAUCUAAAACAUUAUGAAUUAUGCAAUUCAGUUAUUAACGUACAAUAAAGACUAUAUUGAAAUACAAAAAGUUAUAUAUAUAGAUUUGCUAAAAUUUCAUUCAUUUAUUUGUUAAGAGAUUACUAAGAUAUUAGAUUCUUAUGCUACUUUGGGAAGAUGUUAUGCUUUAAAUCUAUAUGAAAUAUUUUGUGAAAGUAACAAGCAAUAUGAAUAAUUAAAAAAGUUUUGGAAAUAGAUUGGAUUAUAAUAACCUGAAUAAUGUUUGUUAUCAAAUAGUUUGUUAUAAGAAUUUUUAUUUUUUAUAUCAAAAUUAAAGGUUCUUAAUCAUUUAGUAUAUAAAAAGAAGAUAGAUAUUCCAUUUCCAAAUAUCAAGCAUAUGAGAAAAGGGAGUUAAGAGGAAUAUAAGUUAAGUGAUGAAAAUGAAAUUCAGGAUGAGAUUUUAAUGUCAAAUUAAUCCAUAAGAAAUUUGGGAUCAUUUACAUUUAGUACUGUUUAAUUGUGA